GAGAAUUUAUAUGCAACCUUCCCUUCAACGCAACAAUUCUCUUUCCCUUUCCUCAAAGCUUUUACCACCAAACCUCCUUCCUCUCUCCCUCACUAACACACUUCCUCCUCCUUCAAAGCUAUGGAUAAGAAGCACGGCUUGUUCUCCAAGUCACAUUCCCGCCGAUCACGCUCCAAGAGCCCCGUCAGAGCCGUCUCCCCCAUCAUCAUCCGCCGCCGCAAAGGCCGCUACGUCUCCCAGCCCGACCGCCACGUGUCCGAGAUGCUUCCUCCGGUCAUAGAAGGUCCCGAUCCGGACGGAGAAGACUCCGGGAGCAGCGGAGACUACUCGAGGAUCGAGAGGCGGUGGUACAAUUGGAUGAAAUGUCAGCUCCCGGUUGCUCCGCCGUCUGUUUCCUCCUCCUCCGGCUUCAAACGCACGGAUCUGAGGCUUCUCCUCGGAGUUCUCGGCGCGCCGCUAGGUCCUGUCCACGUCAGCGCUCUGGAUCUCCUUCCUCACCUCAGCAUCAAGAACACUCCCAUGGAAACCUCCUCUGCGCAGUACAUUCUCCAGCAGUACACGGCUGCGUCAGGUGGUUAUAAGCUUCACAGCUCAGUGCAAAACGGUUACGUGAUGGGGAGAAUCAGGACGGUGGCGUCUGAGUUUGAGACUGGCUCGAAGGGUUCAAAGAGCAAGAGCAAUUCGUCGAAAGCUGUUGAGUCUGGAGGGUUUGUGUUGUGGCAUAUGAGUCCUGACAUGUGGUACAUGGAGCUUGUUCUUGGUGGGAGUAAGGUUUUAGCGGGUUGUGACGGGAAGCUUGUGUGGAGACACACACCGUGGCUUGGCCCUCAUGCUGCUAAAGGUCCCGUUAGACCGUUGCGACGGGCUCUUCAGGGGCUUGAUCCGAGAACAACAGCGAAUAUGUUUGCGAGUGCAAGAUGCAUAGGAGAGAAAAAGAUCGAUGGAGAAGACUGUUUCAUCCUCAAGCUAUGUGCAGACCCGGCAACACUCAAAGCUAGAAGCGAAGGUGCAUCAGAGACUAUAAGACAUACUUUGUUUGGUUACUUCAGCCAAAAGACCGGUCUUCUUGUUCACUUGGAAGACUCGCAGCUAACCAGGAUCCAGAACAUAGGAGGCGAAGCGGUUUACUGGGAGACGACUAUCAAUUCGUACUUAGAAGACUACAAGCCUGUCGAAGGUAUUGUGAUAGCUCACUCCGGUAGAUCAGUGGCGACGCUACUAAGGUUUGGAGAUAUGUCGUCGGGGCAUAACACUAAGACCACAAUGCAAGAAGCGUGGGUGAUCGAUGAGAUUGCGUUCAAUGUCCCUGGUUUGUCUAUGGACUGCUUCAUUCCACCUUCUGAACUCAGGUUCGAUUCCCACGUUGAAGAGUUGUCUCAAGGCCCCAAGAUUAAGACAUUGCAGCAUGGUUCAGUAGCUACCCGACAUAAUUAUGGCUGAUGCCAGGUUUAUAGUGAAGUUGGGGGUGCAGGAGAUCAAUGUGUAUAAAGAACAUUCAAAUGAAAUCUUUAGAUGGAUUUAUUCUUCUAGUUUGCUAUUAUUGUUGAAGCCAAAUUCUUGUAGGAAGUUUGGUUGAAGAAGAUGUAAAUAGAGCGCAGGAGAGUAUACUAGUCUUUGCUGCAUAAUGUAAGAGGAAUUGUGUAGUCUCUAUUCGAGGGCUAUUUUUCAUUAUCAA